CUGUGGAAAAACUACAGGAUAGACCAUAGUCAAGGCCCAUCUAGAGUCACAGACCAGACUUCAGAAGGUCUGGACUACAGUAGGACUUAGACCCUGGUCCAGAUCUAAAACAGGAGCUUAGACUACAACGGGACGAGACUCUGGUCCAGAUUCCAGACCGGAGGUAGGACUACAACGAGACCAGACCUUGCCCUUUGAGGAGCCAUGGUGAGGUGGAGGCUCUUCCUGGAGGUUCUCCUGUGCUUCUGCUCCUCUGUGAACGCACAAAAUUGGAGAGACAGAUUUGAGUCGUUUGACCUCUACCAAGAUCGUUACAGACGUCCAGAUGAGAUCGGCACCAGUCCCCGGUUCAGAGUCCUUGCUCCAGACGUGCUCAGAGCAGACAGUGAGGAGAAUGUGGUUCUUCAGGCCGAUGGGGUCUCUGGUGCCGUCUCGGUCUCCAUCCAGGUCUGGGACUUCAGACGGAGCAGUGUCCUUACAGAGGCCUCCACCACCCUGAGCCAGGACAAUAACUACCACAAGGACUGCAGCAUACGGGUCCCGUCGAUAAACCUGCAGCCCAAGGAGAAGAAGGAGAAGUUUGUGUUCCUUCGAGUGACUUUUGAAGGAUUUGAGCCACUGGAGCGACUGGUGAUGGUUUCAUUUCACCAAGGUUACAUCUUCAUCCAGACAGACAAGCCCAUCUACAACCCCGGAGACACAGUUCGUCUCAGAGCGUUUGUUUCUUCUCCAGUUUUUAAGGCAUUUGAAGGCUUCAUCACAGUGGACAUCAAGAAUCCUGAUGGUGUUGCGGUUUAUCAGACGGCCAGAAAGAGAGCCACCAACGGCAUCUUUAAAGACAAAUUUCUCCUCACAGAAUUCGCCAAUGAAGGCAUGUGGACGGUGACAGCAAAGUUUGACCACUGGGAGCAGAAUACGUUCAACUCUACGUUUGAGGUCAAAAAAUACGUGCUUCCUGCUUUCAACGUGACCCUCACUCCACAGAAACCUUUCUUCAGCGUCGACGACAAUGAACUGGUCAUAACCAUCACAGCCAGGUACCUGUACGGUCAGCCUGUGCAGGGAAAGGCUUACGUCAUGUUUGGAGUGAAACAUGAGAAAGAGAAGAUCCGUCUGAGAGCCAUGAAGCAGGUCACCAAUCUGGAUGGAGGGACAGUGUCUCUGACCAUGGAUGACCUGAAGGCAGAGUGCCCAGAAAUCAGGAGUUUAGUGGGAAAGUCCAUCUACGUGAAGGCCUCAGUGCUCACUCUCUCAGGCAGUGAUCUGGUGGAGACAGAGAAGAGCGGGAUCCGGAUCGUCAAUUCUCCGUUUGUUUUAUCGUUCCGAGACGCUCCAAAGUACUUCAAACCCGGCCUGCCCCUCGACCUCACGGUGGAUGUGAGACACCAUGACAACUCUCCGGUCCAAAAUGUCCAAGUGAAGCUGUCAUUCCAGGACACUCCACUAGUGGUCAGUGGAGGCUCCACUCGCACCAGUAUCAACAUGCCCAAAGACAGGAACGUGCAAGUCAUCACGGCAGAGACGGUGCAGCCAGGUCUGCAGGCGCUGCAGCAGGCCCGCACAGAGCUCCGGUUGAAGCCCUACGCCACGCACAGCUCCUCCCACAACCUGCUCUACAUCUCUUGGGCGGGCCACCGGGUCAGUGUGGGUGACAGUCUGCGCCUCAGCUUCACUGUGAGCUUGGAGAAGCCAGAGCACCAGCAGCACGUCAAACACAUCACGUACAUGGUGCUGAACAAAGGGAGUAUCAUCAAAUCAGAGCGGCUGGAUGUCUCCCUGCAUGUGGUGGCGAUACAGCUCAGUGUUACCCCAGAAAUGAUGCCCUCUUUUCGAGUCGUUGCGUUCUACUCACUCCCCUGGUCCAUAGAGGAGGAGGUGGUGGCUGACUCCAUCUAUGUGGAGGUGCAGGAGUCCUGUGUGAGGACGCUGAGUGUGGGACCACAGGGGACACCCACUGACCUCAUGCCUGGGAAGAUGCUCCGCCUGCGAGUACAAGCAGAGCCCGGCUCCACCGUCAGCCUGGUCGCUGUGGACAACUCUGUGUUUCUGCUGCGGAGAGACAGGCUCACCCAGAGCAAGGUGUGGGGCGUGCUGCAGAGGGGGGACCUGGGUUGUUCACGUGGGGGAGGGGCCAGUGCCAGAGGAGUCUUCUCAGAUGCUGGACUGCUCUUCCUCACAAACAGCGGUUUCAUGACCGACUUCAGACAAACUCUGCAGUGCCCACGCAGCUCCAGGUGGAGACGCUCUGCUGAUCUCGUAGAGCGCAAAGCUGCACUUGAACGGGAGUACAAAGAUGAGCUGUUGCGCCGCUGUUGUGUGGAUGGUCUCAGGGACAUUCCGAUGUGGUACUCAUGCACACGGAGGUCCCUGUACAUCUCAGAGGGAGUGGAGUGUAUCCGGGCUUUCAGACACUGCUGUGGCAAGUACCGGGGCGAGCCCAUCGACCCCCACAUGCCCACUGCCAUGCCCAGCUUCACCACUGCCACCACUCCCCCUACCGCACAUAUGAGAUGGGAUGGGGUCGUGGAGCCGAUUGUUUUGGACUUACUAGAAGCAGAGGAACAGCUAGUGGCUCUUGCCUCGUCAGCUGCUGUGGCCAGAAUGUACAAGUUCAAGAAUGAGGAGGUGGAGGAGGAGGUGGAGGAGGAGGAAGAGGACUGGGGGGAAGAGGACUUGGAUGAGAGCAGCGUGACUCUCAGGUCUAAAUUCCAGGAGUCGUGGCUUUGGAAGGACCUGCCUGUGCCCUCCAAAGCUGACCACAGCAGAGGGCUCUCCUCUCUGAAUCUAGAGGAGCCCCUGCCUGACAGUAUCACAGAGUGGGGCAUCAUGGCCAUCAGCACCUCAGCUCAAACAGGCUUCUGUGUGGCAGAGCCUUAUAACGUCCGAGCCUGGAAGCCCCUCUUUGUGGAUCUGAAGCUGCCGUACUCUGUCGCCCGAAAUGAACAAGUGCAGAUCCGAGCCGUGGUCUACAACUACUCCCCCGACAACAGAGAGGUGCGUGUGACUCUGAAGAGGACAGAGCAGAUGUGCAGUGUUGCGUUCAGGGACAGCUUCAUUCAGGAGGUGUUGGUGGAGUCUGGUUCCUCUGUGGUUCUGCCCUUCACUGUGGUGCCUCUGGCUGUGGGACACCUGCCCCUCGAGGUGAUAGUGGUCACCAAAGACAUGAUGAUGACCGACGGUGUCCAGAAGAACCUACGCGUGGUGAUGGAGGGAGUGCAGAAGACCAAAGUGUGGAGUGUGGUGCUGAACCCUGCAGCUGAAGGAGGCACUCAGACCGUGCGAAUGGGGAAGAUCGAACUGGACUCUGUGGUGCCAAACUCGGUCCCAGAAACCUUCAUCAACGUCCGAGGCAACGUGCUCGCAGACAGUCUGGAUAACUCCCUGAACCCGGACUCUCUGGCAGCUCUGAUCCGGAUGCCUGGGGGCUGUGUGGAGCAGAACCUGGCCUCCAUGUCUCUGCCCACCAUCGCCUUCCUGUACCUGGAGAGGACGGGCGACUGGGGGAGAGUGGGCGCACACCGCAAAGACGAGGCGCUCGGCUUCAUACGAAAAGGCUACACGGAUCAGCUGGCUUACAGGAGGAGUGACGGCUCAUACCCCCCCUACCAGAAGCAAGGGGCAAGCACAUGGAUCACUGCGUUUGUAGUGAAGGUCUUCUCCAUGGCUCACUCCAUCAUAGGAGUGGAGGAGCAGCAGGUCUGUGAGCCUCUGCUGUAUCUGCUCCAACACCGACACAAGCCAGAGCGUAGCGUGUUCAUAGAGGAGAACCCGGUCUACAGCACCACCAUGACGGGCGGUCUCCGUGGUGAUGACCCCCAGGUGACCCUCACGGCAUUUGUCUUGAUUGCUUUGGCUGAAGCAAAGGAAGCCAAGAUUCACUGCAGUGACGACGAGGUCAACACAGAGGCGGUGAUCCGUAACACCACAGCCUACCUGAAGAAGGCGCUGCAGGUCACGCGGCGCCCGUACACUGUGGCCAUCGCAUCGUACGCUCUGGCUCUGCUCAAGGACCAGGUGGACUUCAGCCCAACACCAGCGCUGCUCAAAGCCUCCUCUGCUGGUGGCAGUCAGUGGGUGGACAGUGAGAAUCACCUCUUCACUCUGGAGGCCACAGGCUACGCUCUGCUCACUCUGCUCAAGAUGAACGCCAUGACAGAGGCCGCUCCACCGUUUAAAUGGUUAAACAGCCAACGCAGGCAGGGAGGGGGCUACGGGUCCACUCAGCCCACAGUGGUGGUUCUCCAGGCCUUGUCCGAGUACCUGAUCAAACAGCCACCUUCACAAAACCUAGAUCUGAACGUGGACGUCCGAAUGGGAGCUCGCACAAUUCCAUAUCAUUUCAACCCAGACACCUCCUACGCAGCCCGCACAGCCCGGCUUCUUAACAAUGCGGAUCUGGAGGUGCAGGCUCGAGGGAAUGGACAGGGAAUCCUUGAGGUGGUGACCUACUACAACCAGCUUCACGAGGUGGAGGAGAAGACACUUUGUGUUCACUUUGAGCUUGAGGUCACAGUGGAGGAAUCAGCUGAAAAGUCUUCUCCUGAUGUGGUCAAGUCCUACCUCAUGACCAUCAAAGUCCUGGCACUAGGACCCAGAGACGUGCGGAUGGUGGUGCUGGACGUGAGUCUGCCCACAGGCUUCACUCCAGACAACACAGACCUCGACAUGCUUUCUAACUCAGUGGACAAAUACAUCGCAAACUUUAAAGUGGUGGACAACCUGAGUGACAGAGGCUCCCUGAUCCUGCACUUGUUUAAGGUUUCGCACAAAGAACCAGAGAUUGUGAUUUUCAAACUCCAGCAGAACUUUAAAGUGGGACACAUCCAACCCUCCUCCGUCACCGUGUACGAGUACUACAACCCAGACCACCGGUGCAGUCGUUCAUUCACUCCCAGAGAAAACACAGAGGAGCUGACUCAGAUCUGCUCUGGGAACGUCUGCAGAUGCACUCAAGGAGACUGCUGUGUCCCAAAGGAAGACUCUGAGAACUUGUCAGACAAAGCCCGCGAGACGUUUGCCUGCACCACUCUGCACCACGUGUUCAAAGUGAAAGUGCUGAGUGCGACCGAGAGUUACUAUGACAAAUACGAGCUGCAGAUCACACAAGUCAUCAAACUGGGAGCUGAGGCGGGGAUUCUGGCCGGACAGAGCCGGACCUUCCUGUCUCAUGGAGCCUGCAGAGACAGACUCAAGCUGGUCCCAAACCAGGAGUACCUCAUCAUGGGCCCCAAAGACGACCAGUGGAACAUCGACAGCGCCACCAACAGGUACGUGUAUCUGCUGGGUAAGAACACGUGGGUGGAGCGAUGGCCGUCUGAGGAGGAGUGCAGCGCCUCCCUCAGGCAGAAGUGUGAGAGUCUGAACGCUAUGGCCAACGAGCUGUCCACGAACGGAUGCCGACUGUAACUACGCAGUGUCCCUGAACGCACCACCACUGGAGCUGUCCAAUCACUCUAUGUUUUUAUUAUUAUUACACAAAUAAUACAAAAAAUAUUACACUUCUCUCCUGAGAUUUAUUUGGCUCCUCUAAUUAUUGUAUCUGAUUACUCUAGUGAUCUGACUUUACUGGACAUGUACGUGGACCCACUAUCUGUAUUGGUUUCGGUUCAUUGGUGCAUCUCUUGAAAUCUGUAAAAUGUCAUUGUUUCAGUCGACAAAACACUUAAAAUGUUUAUUUGAUUUAGAAUGAUUUUGUUUGUAUUUAUUUCAGUGAUUUUGACU